UUGUAUGGUAGUAGUGCUAGUGGAGAGUAUUUGAUCGGAGUAGGAAGCUAUGACUCAACUGGCCCAGCCGCGGGAGUUAACAUGAUGGGAUAUGGUAACAUGGAUCAAGUCACUGGUGGUGUACAUUUUCGACUGAGAGCAAGGGCGUUUGUUGUGGCCGAGAGCUCAGGAGGUUCCAGAUUUGCAUUUGUUAAUCUCGACGCUGGCAUGGCCUCACAACUUGUCACAAUUAAAGUUCUUGAAAGACUUCAGAAGAGGUAUGGGAAAUUGUAUACUGAAGAGAAUGUGGCAAUCAGUGGAACCCAUACUCAUGCUGGUCCAGGGGGGUAUUUACAGUAUGUUGUUUAUAUUAUAACUUCUCUUGGUUUUGUGCCACAAUCAUUUGAAGCUAUCUUAACAGCUAUUGAAUUGAGUAUUGUUCAAGCUCAUGAAAAUCUCAAGCCUGGUUCCAUUUUCAUCAACCAAGGAGAUUUGGUUAAUGGAGGAGUAAAUAGGAGCCCAAGUGCGUAUUUAUUCAAUCCUCCAGAGGAGAGAGCGAGGUAUGCACAAAAUGUUGAUACACAGAUGACACUAUUGAAGUUUGUGGAUGGAAAGAGUGGAAAGAGCAUUGGUGCAUUCAACUGGUUUGCCACACAUGGAACCUCCAUGAGCCGAGACAAUAAGCUCAUCAGUGGUGAUAACAAGGGGGCUGCAGCUAGGUUCUUUGAAGACUGGUUUUCUUCCUCCACUAACAGUACCUCCAUUCGUCAGAACUACUUCAACAACAAAUUUAACAAAAAGGCCUUUAUACAGAAAGCAUCAGAGAUUAAAGCCACAGGGGGUCAACCUUGCGGUAAUUCAACCAGUCAAGAAUCCAAGGUAAGGAAAAAUGAUGGAACACGAUUCGUUGGUGCAUUUUGCCAAUCUAAUGUGGGAGAUGUCAGUCCCAAUGUUCUUGGAGCAUUUUGCACCGACAGUGGUCUACCUUGUGAUUUCAAUCAUUCAUCGUGUCAUGGAAAUGAUCUGCUCUGUGUUGGACGAGGCCCUGGGUAUCCAGAUGAAACACUUAGCACACAGAUCAUAGGAGAGCGGCAGUUUCAGAAGGCUGUGGAUCUAUUUACAUCUGCUAAAGAAGAAUUAACAGGAAAAAUCGACUACAGACAUGUCUAUUUGAACUUUACAGAUAUUGAGGUGGAACUAGAGGGAAACAAAGUUGUUAAAACUUGUCCAGCAGCUCUUGGCCCGGGUUUUGCUGCUGGCACUACUGAUGGCCCUGGUGCUUUCGGUUUUCAACAAGGCGACACAAAGAUCAACAAAUUUUGGAAAAAACUGAGAGAUGUACUUAAAGAACCAAGCCAGUACCAAGUGGAGUGUCAAAAGCCAAAGAGUGUUUUGCUUGACACCGGUGAAAUGUCCUGGCCUUAUGCAUGGGCGCCGGCAAUUCUUCCAAUUCAAAUUCUGAGGUUGGGUAAACUAAUCAUUUUAUCAGUACCAGGAGAGUUCACAACAAUGGCUGGCCGAAGACUGAGGGAGGCAGUUAAGCAAACACUGAUAACCAAUGGAAAUGGACAAUUUGAUGAGGACACACAAAUCGUGAUUGCAGGCUUAUCCAACACCUAUUCACAAUAUAUUGCUACUUUUGAGGAGUACAAGCAACAACGAUACGAGGCUGCAUCAACACUCUAUGGUCCUCACACAUUAUCAGCAUACAUCCAAGAAUUCAACAAACUAGCAAAAUCAAUGGCGAAAGGUGAAAAUCCUCCCACCACCGGUUUAUUACCACCCGAUCUCUCAUCAGUGCAAAUAAGCUUGGUAACAGACCCCUCAGGCGACUCACCUCCCCCUGGCAAAAAAUUUGGGGACAUGCAACAAGACAUAAAGCAACCGAAGAGCGGAUCAUUCAGAAAAGGAGACAAGCCUAGCGCCACGUUUUGGAGUCCAAACCCGAGGUACGAUCUAUUGACAGAAGGCACAUUUGCAGUAGUAGAAAUGCUUCAAGGCCAACGAUGGAGCCCUGCAUAUGAUGACGAUGAUUUCUCAUUGUACUUCAAAUGGAAUCAAGAUAAUAGUACUUUGUUUGGAUUAGGAAACAUAGAAUGGGAAGUGCCAGAGGAUGUCAUCUCCGGGGUAUAUCGUUUGAGGCAUUUUGGUUCUUCAAAGAAAACAAAAGACUCUCCUGUAGAAUAUUUUACAGGUGCAUCUAGUGCAUUCACAGUGUCUUGAAAGUUUAUGUAACAGUC